UUUCGCUUUUCUUCUUCUUUGAUCCUGGCUGUUAUUUCAGAUGCAGGAGCCACUGACGAAGGUGAAGGUGGCCGCGGUACCUCCGGAAGGCAGAGAAGCUCUCUCCGGUCUCUCUAUGGAGCAUCUGUUGGGAAGGAUCUCUGAGGAGGACCCAACUUGGGUCACGUUGCCACGGAACCGAAGGAUGUUGAUGGAAAUUGCUGAAACAUCUUCUGUUUGUGGUGGAGCAGCAACAGCUGCUGUUCCUCCAGCUCAGGGCUUGGUGUCCUUUGAGGAGGUGGCUGUGUAUUUUACGGAGGAGGAGUGGGCUCUGCUGGAUCCCAGCCAGAGAGCCUUACACGGGGAAGUCAUGCUGGAGAAUUCUAGGAAUGUGGCCUUUCUGGGUUAUGAACAGGAGCAGGAGAAUUACAAGGAGCCCGGCAUAGCGCUAUUACAAAUGAUCCAGUCUGAAGAAGGGCAGCUUGGAAAUCAAGGGGCACUUCAAAAGAGUAAGAAAAGCUGCAUAACGAGUGGAGAGAAGACAUCUUGUUCUGGUCAUAACGAAGUCCUUGACCUCCCAACCCAGCACGUUCAGCAACGAGAAGAAAGUGGACAAUAUUUUGGAUGUGGCAAAACAGCCAGAGAAAAAUGUGUUUUCAGUAAAUAUUCUACAACCCAGACUGAAGAAGAACAAUAUGAAUAUGAAGAGCACGGGCAAAGUAUCAGUCCUACCUCCUCUCUUGUUUUACAUCAGCCAUCGUAUAUCAAAGAGACAACAUAUGCAUUUAUAAAUUGUGGGGAAAAUUUCACUUUGAACAGUCAUUUUAUUUCCCAUAAAGAGGAGAAACCAUAUGAGUGUGGAAAGGGUUUCAGUAAGAAACAGUUGCUUAUUAUACCCCCAAAAAGUCCCCCAAUGGAAAAACGAUAUAAAUGUCUGGAGUGUGAAAAGACCUUCACUCACAGAUGUAAACUUACCGUACAUGAACGGACCCACACAGGGGAGAAGCCAUAUAUGUGCCUGGUGUGUGGAAAAAGAUUCAGUCAGACUGGUCACCUUACAAGACAUCAACGAACCCACACAGGGGAGAAACCAUAUACAUGUCUGCACUGUGGAAGGAAGUUCAGUGGAAGUUCAAACCUUAUCAAGCAUGUAAGAAGCCACACGGGGGAGAAACCAUAUAAAUGUACAGAGUGUGGAAAGAGCUUCAGUCGCAAGACUACCUUUAUUUACCAUAGAAGGAUCCACACAGGAGAAAAACCAUACAAGUGCCUGGAAUGUGGAAAGAGUUUUGGGCGGAACAGUAGCCUUUUACAACAUAAAAGAAUUCACACAGGGGAGAAACCAUAUCAAUGCCUGGUGUGUGGAAAGAGUUUCACUGGGUCCUCAGAUCUUAUGUAUCAUAAAAGGAUUCAUACAGGGGAGAGACCGUAUAAAUGCCUGGAAUGUGGAAAACGAUUCAGUAGGAGAAGUCGUCUUACAUCUCAUAAACGAAAGCACACAGGACAGAAACCAUAUAUAUGCCUGGUGUGUGGAAGGAGAUUCAGUCAGAGUGGUCACCUUACAAGACAUAAAAGAACCCACACUGGGGAGAAACCAUAUACAUGCUUGAAGUGUGGAAGGAAGUUCAGUGGAAGAUCAAGCCUUGUGAUGCAUGUAAGAAUCCAUACAGGGGAGAAACCAUAUAAAUGUACAGAGUGUGGAAAGUGCUUCCGUCAGAGAACUACCUUUAUUUGCCAUAGAAGGAUCCACACAGGAGAAAAACCAUACAAAUGCCUGGAGUGUGGGAAGAACUUCAGGCGAAACUGUCACCUUAUGAAACAUAAAAGAAUUCACACAGGGGAGAAACCAUAUCAAUGCUUGGAUUGUGGAAAGAACUUUAGUGUACGCUCAGAUCUUACAUAUCACAGAAGGAUUCAUACAGGGGAGAAACCAUAUAAGUGUUUGGAAUGUGGAAAGAGCUUCAAUUGCAGCAGUUAUUUUAUUUGCCAUAA